AUGACAACCCGCCCGCCCCCCUGUCAUCGUCCCUGUAGGCGGAAGGUGGCGCUGCGGUCACUUCCGGUGCCAGGGUGGGACUCGCUCGGUCCGGAACGAUCGCACAUUCACCUUGUUUCCGGGUGGGACCUGAUUCCGCUGCACAACCGUCCCCACUACUUCCGGUUCCUGGAGAGGGCGACACCUGGAGACCCACUGGGAGGUAAAUGAGGAUCUAUGGGGCAGACUGGGCUCCCUGCUCCGGGCUACCGGAAAUAAUACCUGAUAGCCCAACACACUGCUCAGACUGCUCAGAUAGGGGGCUCCUGCCAGAUGAUAUCACUGGGCUAAAAACACUGGGAGUAACAGCAGCAGGACUUCACACACACACACACACACAUACAUAUAUAUAUAUAUACCAAUAAUAAUAACAACAUAAAUAAUAAUAAUAACAUAAUAUCAUAAUAAAUAAUAAACUAUAAUAAUAAUAAAUAACUAAAUAAUAUAAUAAUAAUAAUAUAAUACAUAAUAAUAACCUAAUAAUCUACUAAACUAUAAUAAUAAUAAUAAAUAAUAUAAUAAUAAUAAAUAAUAAACUAAACUAUAAUAAUAAUAAAUAAUAAUAAACUAAACUAUAAUAAUUAAUAAUAUACCCUGAGAUAAAUAAACUAUAAUAAUAUAAUAUAUCCUGAGAUAAAUAUACUAUAAUAAUUAAUAACAUAAACUAAACUAUAAUAAUUAAUAAUAAACUAAGCUAUAAUUAAUAACAUAAUAUACCCUGAGAAAAACUAUAACAAACUAAACUAUAAUGAUAACAUAAUAAUGUACCCUGAGAUAAAUAAACUAUAAUAAUUAAUAAACUAAACUAUAAUAAUAACAAUAAUAUACCCUGAGAUAAACUAAACUAUAAUAAUAUAUAACAUAAUAAUGUACCCUGAGAUAAAUAAACUAUAAUAAUUAAUAACAUAAUAAUAUACCGUGAGCUAAAUAAACUAUAAUAAACUAAACUAUAUUAAUUAAUAUAAUAAUGUACCCUGAGCUAAAUAAACUAGAUUUACUAAACUAUAAUAAACUAAAACACUCACAGAUUUAUUCAGCAAACUUCACAUAUACCAUGAGCCUGCUAGUGUCUAUAAUAAACUAAAAACACACAGAUUUUUUUUCAGUAAACUGCGAAUUGUCAGGAAUUCAGAAUGGAAUAUAAUCCAAGUCAGUCAGUUAUGCUUUAAGGUUGAUGGUAAUGUGAGUUGUCUAUAACUUAAAGGGGAUUCAUAUGAAUUUCAGGUUUUAGGACAAAAUAAUUGAAUAGAUAUCUGGCUUGGAAAAGGUUUCAGAUUCCACUGCUUUGAUUUAAAACCACUUUGAAAUUACAAAAUUCACAUGCCGGCGAAGAAGAAAUACUAUAACUGUUUGUGUUGUUUAUUCAUUCUGGAUCGCACAGAAAGUACCAAAUAUUGUUUUUCUGGUGUCACUCAUCUCCCUACCCCCCACCCCCCAACAACUGCAAUCCUCAAACUUUUAUUUUAUAUUUCUUUGAGUAAGGAGUAUGCAGGUUAUUAAAGAAACACUCUGGAGAGGGAUGUGGAGCCAGGAGUAGCCCAGCACUGUCCAAUUUUACUAAAACUGUUUUAAGUACAGUUUGACCACUUACCUGGGUCCCUCUGGAAUCCUGCACCGCAUUCAGUCUUCUGCAGGAGAGCUGGAUCUUUCUGUAGAAUUAAGCACAGCUGAUACAUGUGGACCCAGCUCAUCUGUCACUUUCAGCAAAAUCCACAACCAGAUUGCAUUUUAGGAAGCUGCGUGAGGACUAAUCAGCAUCAAGUAGUGAGUCCAAUCUUUGCUUUAUGCUGUGAAAGGCAUCGCAGAAUGCAGUUGACAAUACGUCACCGGAUAUACCCUUUCUAUGGUUUCGGCCUGCAGCCUGCCCUUUUCUCUCUCCUUUCUCCCUGUCACUGUAUAUCAUUUUUUUUGGUAACAGGUUUGUCAUACAGGUUUAUUUAUUAUAAGUAAUUAUCCAGCUUUGUUGGGCUUUUAAGUCAAGUGUGACCUGUAUAUUGUAAUUCAGCUGUUAAUGUAAUACAACUCAUAGUUCAGUAAAUAAUCACCAUGGUGUACCACUUGACACUGUUUGCUGAUUGGUUCACUGCAUGUCUUUCUUUGCAGGCCAUAUGAAUACAUCAGUCUGUCCUGUACCAGCAGGAUGCACCCAAGAUGCCAUCUUGCAGUUUCUGAGCAGUCUCCCCCGUGGCUUGGCUUUGGGGCCCUCUCUUUCACUAAAGGAGGGCCUGGGACUAUGGUGGGUCGGACAGACACUAGACGCCGGAUCUCUCCUUCCAACUCCAAGUCAUAAAAGUGACAAUAGCCUGUCCGAAAGUGAGGUUAGAUAUAGAUUUGCUUGCCUACAAGAGAACUUAUAAUAUGAACAUCAUCCUGCCUGAACAAAAUGUUCCUAAAAGUGUUAUGUUUGGCUCCUGCUUUUUAAAAGGCUUACAAAUUCAAGAAACUUUUAUCACACUCUUCUGUAUGAUCUGCAGGCAUUUCCAGAUUUCACUUAGAUAUAGUAAGUCAUAUGUAAAAGAAGGCAUCACUCCCAGGGGGUGAAAAACCCAGGCUGUGAUAUACUUUUGCACCCCCCCUCCCCCCACCCCAACAUUUCACCCACUCUUUCCGGAGGAGCGGUCUACCCAUGGUGGGCACCAGAGCAUUCCUGGCACCUUAACCACUACUGCACAGUGCUGGUGCUUUGGAUAUUGCAGAAUUCAAUAUAGCUUUUAGUAUCCAUUUUUUAGUAUUCCUUUCCUUUUUAAAUCUGUCUGACAACACUCACAAGCAUACUAAAACCAGCGUUAGAAGAAACUGGAGGAAAGGAAGGGAAGUAAGCAGGACUCCCUGUGACAUAGGGGCUCAGUUUUCCCUGCAGCCUGUUACAAGAUGAGAUUUAGUUCCCCGAGUAAGUGGGGUUCAGGCAGACAUGCCAUAUAUGUUAAAAUGGAUGUGAAAGGGACCAUUAAAGUAAACAAAACAGAGCGAAUUACCCUUCCCCUUUUGUAGUUAUUGAAAUAGACGAGCAAAACAAAAGGGAGUAAAAACAGCUGUGAAGACGUGUGACAAGAUCAUAAUUUUUGGAAAUCUUUAAAAAUCAGGCGAAAUAAAAGAAUUGCAGUAAAUAAAUAUAAAGCAGAGACUAUUUCCCCUUCUGUUAAUAAAUGGGAAAAACAUUUAUAGGUGUCUUUUUGUGGUUCAUUAAGUUGCACAUUGCAUCAUGACAAUAUGGGGUUCAGUUGUAGGUAAUUGGGUUUUAUGGAGGUGCACCUUGUAUAAUUACAGGCAGAGAUAACUUGUGUGAGGAAGUUGAGAUUUUAAGGAGAUGCACCUUGCAUCGUUACAUCAUUAGUUUGUAACUAUGCAUCAUUGCAGGAGGACGUUGGGUUUUAGUGGUAUUGGCCUUGUGUCAUUUCAGGAGUAAAUUGGGUUUCAGAAAAAAUACCUUUUCUCUGAGAGAGAUAUUUUAGGAAGUGUUAUUCUCUCUCUAUAAAUAAGUCUGCUGCAGUGACUGUGAGGUAAUUCACCUAAUGUUAUGUUCACAUGAAUUAUGGGGUUUCUUUAUUCUAAUACAUUUCUAAAAUGUGAGGUUUUGCGUUAGUCUCAAGUCUCCUUUUUCAGCUUGGCUUUCUGCCCCCUGUCAGUUAUUUUAUCAUUAAUGUGAUAAAAAACUUGAUGCUUUGCCAGCAUUAUGAAGAUAUAGUCCACAACAUCUGCUGGACGAAGGUUGUCCACUCCUGGAAUACGGUAUAUAGUUCCGGUUUCUCCUGUUAAUUACAAAUACCAAGUAUCAUGUUACAGGGACACACUUUAGGCAUGCAAGUAGUAGGCAGGAGAAAAAAAAGAAGUGCAUGUCCUUACUCAAGGAAACAGAUCUCUGGCCAUGACAUGGCCACUGGAGGUGCCUCCUGGCUCAGUGCUGCAUAGUAGGCAGCAGUGCCGUUCAGCGUCUCCAUGCUCUGCAUGGGGACGCUGAAUGUUCCUCAUAGAGCUGCACUGAUUCAAUGCAUCUCUAUGAGGAAGUGCUGAUUGACCAAAACGGCAUUUGGCUCCAUACCCUUGACUAUUUUAGCCGAUCAAAUGCUUUCCCCAUGAGAGUGCAUUGUAUCGGCUAAAAAUCGGCAAUUCUGAUGAUGUCACCAAUGGGCGGAGCCAGCGCCAACAGACCUGUGGAGAGCAGAAAAUAAGGUGAGUUUUAACCCACUCUGAGGGAGCUAAAGGGUGCCAGUGGUGCAAGCCACCUAAAUGGUGGAUUUUGCACUAGAGGGUCAGGAAUACAUGUUUGUGUUCCUGACCCUAUAGUGUUCCUUUAAGAAAAGAUGUGUAAGUCAGGGGGUUAAUUCACUGAACACUGAAUUGCAGUGAAUUGAAAACCCAAAUUGCAAAAUUUAGUUAUGGCAGAAUUGUAGACUUACCUAAGUAUUGCACUCCAAUUUUAUGUAACACUUCCAGCUCUACUUCCAACAGACUUUUUUUGUUUUUUUUCAGUAACUGAAAUGUUCGUUAGAACAUGUUGCAUCAGCUGUUUAUGUUUACCAUGACAUGGUGACUGUAAUGUUUAUAACUUUAUCUAUAGAGGAAAGCAGAACUGCUGACUUCUGUUUGUUUCUGCUAAGCUCCAUUGAUCUCGUUGGGUACCUAAUAUUGACCCCUUGGUUUUAAAGGCAUAGGAUUAGUACAAAAAGCAUUAUCUUGUAACCUAAUUGAUAUUCUUAAAUUAAUAAACUUUCAAUUGAAUCAUUCAAUCUUUAGUUGUUACGCCUUAUUCUCUAGGAAAAAAUCUAGUAAUAUCCCGUGUGGAUUAAAAAAAAAAUCUUUCUGCAACAGUAACUUGUAUGUCAUUUUACUUUACAGGAACGUUUGUCAUCAUUCCUAUUAGAAACUGAUGCUGCCUGGUUAAGGUAUAUAUGAUAUUGAUGUAUAUAGUUUUUUUAAUGCUUUAAGUAAUGCAAAUCAUUGGUUAUGUACUACAAAGGAGAUAGAUGAAAAACAAUCCACCUCUGAAGUGAUCUUUUUAUUUCUGGGUUAUAAUCUGGCUAAUCUGUAGUUACAAUAGGUAAUAUAUAUAUAAUAAGUCUGCAAAAGCAGAUUAUUCCGCUUAAGAAACAGAUUAUCCAGCAUAAUGUUGGUUUAUGUUUUACAACGGUCUGUAUUUCAGUCAGUUAAUCACUUUUUUCCCAGGAGAGAUUGUUAACUGGGCCUCUACUUUGUUAUUGUGAACAAAAUGGCAUCAGAUGUAUAAUUUGGGAUAAGAUACAGGAGAAUUGGUCAGUAAGCUUAGCUGUUCACACUAAAUGGAAACAGCGUUUGCUAAAUUAAUUUUGGCUUUUGCCGCUAUGUUUUCAUUCCAUUGAUCGGGGUAUUAACCUCUUAAACUAGGACACAAAUGUAGAACUUGUUUGUAUCUUUAUAUUGCAUUAUAAAUAAGAGGUUAUUUUUACCCUUCUGUUUCCCUUUAAAUCGGGUUUUCUAUGCAGCAUGAGUUUGUAAGGCUUGACAAUUAGUAGUUUUAGAUCUGGGUAGACACACAUUCUCUAUUCUGUUUCCACCCUGAUCUAUAACCACUGUGUGCCAGGAACACAAACCUCUCUAAAAUGCAAUGUCUGAUAGCAUCCUUAUUUAAGGCUCUCUGCUAUCCCUUGUAUGUUUUCUUAAAUUGUUAGGCUAGUUUUUAAUGCUUGGCAUCUUUCUGAGAUGUAUUCUUUACCUGGGUCCUGGCUAUGCUGCUUUUCAGGUUUGUGCGGAGAUGUACAAAACGGGAGAAUGUGAGGCCUUGCCAGUACCGAGGGCAGGUUUAUCUAAAGGUGGUCACCUCUCUGAAGCCUGGCUCAGAAUUACUGUUUCAGCAGGAAGUACAGAAGGCUUGUACCAUAAAUGGAGACGAUCUCCCUGGACCCGAGAAACUUCCUGUUCCACAUGACACGGAGGAGAACGCAGAGUCCGAAGAUCCUUCACAAACUGUAAGAAUGGUUCUACCAAUUUUAACAGAGAGUGAAGAACCUCAAACAAACACCAAAGAGGGUCUUAUUAUUGAGGAUGCCAAGCACCCAUUAACGACACCUGAACCUGCAGUAUCUGCUGUGACCCUGCUCUCAAAGGAAUCAAUGUCUGCAGAAACACCAGGUGUUGAGAUCUUUGUCUCUGCAAUGACAGCAGAGCAAGAACAGGUCAAACUACUAACUACUGUAGACCCAGAAAGGGCCAAGUUGUCCUCCAGUCUGGAUUGUGUCCGAAAACUCCAAACAACUUCAGAUUCAAUACCGUGUGAUCCAGUGCAAACACCCAUUACAGGUUUGUACUUAAAAACACCUGUCACUAUCUUUAUUAUGAACCUACUAACAAAACAUACUUGAAAAAUACUAGAAACACAUAAUGGAUUACAGGAAGACUCCACACUGUAAAUGAACAACAUACAUAAAUAUCACAAGUUAGCAGAUAUACUUAUAUAUUUAUGCAUUUAUCUAAAAAAAGAUCUGCAGCCUUUGUAAGCCUUCACUCACACCCCAAACACAGACUUUCAGUUUGCACCGGGGAUGUGACCAGUUCAUUCUAAGCCACAAGCAUGCGCUCCUAAUUCCGUGCCAUGGAGUAAGUUGCAACCAGGGAGGAGAAAGUAGAGCCACAGGAGGGCAGGUUGAAUAUAGCCCUGUGGAUGUGCAUGAUCAUUGGCAACUAUAGAUACGGUGGUCUUUUAUUUUUUAACUCUGCAAUGUAAAGUAUUGCUCCUUAGUAGAUAAGGCAAUGCUUACAUUGCAGGGUUAGAUAAGUAUCUGGGGCUGUCUGACAGCCACAAGAGGCACGUCCGCCAUGAGAAUUUUGUCAAUCUAGGUUCUGCCAUAAGUUAAGGAAGGGACUACUUUUUUUCUUGUGUAUAGUAGUCAUGUUAACAACACCUGACAAUGUGGGGGAGGGGGCGAUAUUGAGAUCCAGGGGAGAUCAGGAAUGGAAAACUGAAAGGGGGAAAAAAAUUACAGGGUCACUUUAAAUAGUAAAGUAGGGUGUCGAGUCAGUUUAGUGCCUAAAAAUAUUAUUCAUUUAUUUCCUUCAAAAAUGAAUAUCUCAUGACUAAAUUUAAUGUGCUUGCUUUUUUCAGCAGACUCUUCAGAUAUUGACAUUGUAAAGGAAGUUUCUCAAAGUUUGAAGCUCCAAGACUCCGACAUCGAUCCCAGAACUGAGAUCAUAGGCAGCAAUUGUGACCAAGAAAAUAUUGUAAAGGAGAACUGUGCCAGCAGAGCGAACUCUUCCAGCACAAAACGCAAACAGAGUUGUAACAGAACAGAUACUGGAGAGGAAAGCCAAACGUCUGACCUUAAUGGAACAGUAGCGCAGAAAGGAACUGACAGACAGGGGCAAACACUUUUACAAGGAGAAACAGAAGAGACCUCUAGCAGCCAAGCUAAGGUUUCCAGGCAAGAGGUGGAGUCUGAGACAACUCCAGUGACUGAAUGUAAAAAGAAAAAGUCCAAAACACAGCCGGAACGUAGAUUUUGCUGCCAAGACUGUGGCAAACGUUUCUUCCAAUCGAGUCACCUUAAAAGGCACAGCUUCACACACAGCGGGCGUAAGCCGUACCAAUGCAUUGAGUGUGAUAAGACGUACAGCUCAGAGGAGAGCUUCAGGGCUCAUGUGCUAGCCCACAGAGGUCUACGUCCCUUCAAAUGUCUUCUCUGUGACAAAGCCUAUGGCACACAACGGGACCUAAAGGAGCACUCUGUUCUACACACUGGCCUUCGCCCUUUCCACUGUGAUGACUGCGGAAAGCGUUUUGCUCGCCGACCCACCCUUCGCAUUCACCGCAAAAACUAUUGCAUACCAGCUGGAGGUAACCUGCAACCACCUAUCCAGUGCAACUUGUGCGAUAAAGAGUUGGCCAACAGUCGCUCAUUGCGUAGUCACAUGCGUGUACACACAGGAGAAAAACCAUACACCUGCCCAGACUGCGGCAGUUCUUUUCGACAUAAGGGCAAUCUGCGAAUUCACCAAAGACUGCAUACUGGGGAGAAACCGUACAAAUGCCAGUUUUGUGGAGACUCCUUCCCACAGCAGCCAGAACUAAAACGACACUUGAUCUUGCACACAGGAGAAAUGCACAUCUGCAAGAUUUGUGGCAAAGCACUUAAAGACCCUCAUACACUGCGUGCCCACGAACGUCUCCAUACAGGAGAACGCCCUUUCUUGUGCCAGUACUGUGGCAAAUCCUAUCCUAUUGCCACCAAGCUCAGGCGGCACUUGAAAUCUCACCUGGAGGAGAUGCCUUUCCGCUGCCAUUUGUGUGGGAUGGGUUACACCCUGCAACGUAGUCUUAAGAGACACCUCCGCAGUCACAAAGAUGUGGGACAAACCCCCACAGGAGAGGGUUCACCUGCAGCACCGGUGGAGGAGACCGAAGUGGAAUCUACUCUGGUUUUUGUACCGUUAUUGGAUUCUCAACCGGGUGCAGAAGAGCAAGCAGCAGUGUUAAUUGCUAAUUUCACAGAGAACGCAGAAUUUGGCUCCUCACAUGAAACGCAAACUCUUAUUCUACCCAUGGAUUCAGAAGUACUUGAGAUAUCUUCUGGGCUUGGACAAAAGAACAUCUUACUGCACAAGGAGCCUGGCUCCAGGGUAUUGCUUGUAGAACAGGCUCUCGGGUUCAGUGCUGUGGCAGAAGUGGUAGAGGUGGAUUAAGUGAGGUGAUUACUGACGUUUGUGUCAUGUCAUCCUCACAGUUCUCUGAUUUCAUCUCAGAUUCUGAUUGUUUCAUAGCUGAAAAGAGACUUGCAUCCAUCAAGUUCAGCCUUCCUCACAUAUGUUUUUGUGUUCAUGCAGGGUGAUGCACAAUAGAUUAACAAUUUCCUUGUCAGACAGGGGGAUCUUUAUUUCUUUCCAAAGCUUGUCUCAAAACAGAAUAAUAGUUUAACUAUUGUUCUGCAGUCUUUUUUUUUUUUUUUUUAUAACUUUUAUAUAAAAGUCAUAGCUCAAAUCAAAAGAAAAUCGUUUGCCAUCAAUAUGUAUAUUUACGCAUUAGAAUGUAAUUUUAUUUAUUUAAAAACACAAAAACAGUGGGACGCCACACCUAUUGUCUGAAAAAUAAAAUUAUUUAAAUCGACAA